UCAUGCCUGCUGGAUGAUACAUCAAACAAAUAACCAAUCUAUAUAUGCAAGAACAACACCUACAACCUAUCUCUCACCUAAACCCUUCCCGGUUUAACUUGUUGAGUUCUCGCUACAUAUUCUCCCCAUUUUCCUCAUGGGUAUUGGUGUAAAACCAAAACCUUUUCAUCUAAUAGAUCAAAAUGUGCAUCCAAGAACUUCAUUUCUCUCAUCUCCAUAUCCCAGUCACCAUCAACCAGAAAUUUCUUGUACAUCCAUCAAGUCCAACACCUGCAAAUCAAUCUCCUCACCAUAGUCUCUAUCUAUCAAACCUAGAUGAUAUAAUCGGAGCACGAGUUUUCACUCCCUCCGUGUAUUUCUAUCGAUCAACCAAUACUCGAGAAUCUUUGGUACUGGAACGGCUUCGAGAUGCUCUCGCUGAGGUUUUAGUUCCGUAUUAUCCACUCUCUGGUAGGCUAAGGGAAGUUGAAAAUGGCAAACUGGAAGUUUUCUUUGGAGAAGAUCAAGGUGCGUUAAUGGUCUCGGCGAAUUCUUCAAUGGCUUUAGCUGAUCUUGGAGAUCUCACAGUGCCAAAUCCAGCCUGGUUACCAUUAAUCUUUCGAAAUCCUGAAGAAGAAGCUUACAAGAUCCUCGAAAUGCCUUUACUUAUAGCUCAAGUAACGUUUUUCACGUGCGGUGGAUUUAGCCUUGGAAUAAGACUUUGCCAUUGCAUCUGCGAUGGUUUUGGAGCUAUGCAGUUUCUUGGCUCGUGGGCAGCUACUGCGAAAAUCUGUAAAUUGAUUACAGAUCCUGAACCGGUUUGGGAUAGAGAGACUUUCAAACCAAGAAACCCACCAAUGGUGAAAUACCCACAUUAUGAAUAUCUUCCAAUCGAAGAACGAUCAAAUUUGACGAACUCUUUGUGGGAUAUGAAACCACUGCAGAAAUGUUACAGGCUAAGCAGACAGUUUCAGUGUCGGGUUAAAAGCACUGCUCAAGCUCAGGACUCAAGCUUAGUAUGCAGCACGUUUGAUGCAAUGGCUGCACACAUAUGGAGAUCAUGGGUCAAAGCACUUGAUGUGAAGCCACUAAAUUACAAUCUCAGGCUCACGUUUUCGGUCAACGUAAGAACAAGACUCAAAACCCUAAACUUAAGAAAAGGGUUUUACGGCAAUGUUGUAUGUUUGGCCUGUGCUAUGAGCAGUGUUGACAGUCUUAUUAACGAUUCUUUAGCUAAGACAACACGUUUGGUUCAGGAGGCGAGACUUAGGGUUUCAGAGGAUUACUUACGGUCUAUGGUGGAUUACGUUGAGGUAAAUAGGCCAAAGAGGUUAGAGUUUGGUGGGAAGCUAACGAUAACGCAGUGGACCCGGUUUGAAAUGUAUGAGACUGCGGAUUUUGGAUGGGGUAAACCGGUUUAUGCAGGACCAAUUGACUUGAGGCCUACGCCGCAGGUUUGUGUGUUGUUGCCUCAAGGAGGAGUUGAGCCGGCUAAUGAUGAACAAAGCAUGGUGGUUUGCCUUUGCUUGCCUCCUUCUGCUGUUCAUAAUUUCACUCGGAUUCUAUCUUUAAAUGAUUGUACAUAAAUAAGUCAAUGAUACGAACCAAU